AUGGAGGUAUACGUGGAUGAUAUGUUGGUAAAGAGUUUGGAGGCUGAGGACCACAUAACGCACCUCAACAGCACCUUCCAAAUCUUGAGAAGGUAUAGGAUGAGGCUCAGCCCCCUCAAGUACGCCUUUGGGGUGGCCUUUGGCAAAUUCUUAGGAUACAUGGUCAAUCAACGCGAAAUUGAAGCAAACCCUGAGAAGAUUGAGACUCUAUGCACGAUGAGGUCCCCCCAGAAACCAAAGGAGGUGCAAAGUCUGACUGGGCAAGUGGCUGCACUUAGCCGCUUCGUAUCCAAAGCUACAGACAAAUGCCUCCCAUUUUUCAAAGUACUAAAAGUUGGGAAGAAGUUUCAAUGGAACAAAGAAUCUGAAAUGGCCUUCCAAGACCUGAAAAGGCACCUGGGGCAGGCCCCCCCUUCCAAACCGAAGCCCGAUGAGAUCCUACAGCUAUAUCUGGUCGUCUCCAAAGAGGCCAUCAGUUCGGUCCUAACCCGAGAAAAGAGAACCACCCAACUCCCCAUUUACUAUACAAGUAAAGCACUCAUAUCGUCGGAAACCCGUUACCCCGAUAUGGAGAAGCUCGCUUUGGCCUUGAUCACGGCUUCCAAGAAAUUGAGAUCCUACUUCCAAGCUCACACCGUCCAUGUGCUAACAAACUUUUCCCUAAAGACAGUCAUCAAGGGUCAAGCCUUGGCCGACUUUGUGGCAGAAUUCGCCAAUUUACCCAAGGUAGAUGAAAUCAUGGAACCCGUCGAGCCCCCUAUGUGGAACUUAUUUGUUGAUGGGUUGGUCGGGGAUGCCGACUCAGGUGCUAAAGUUGUCCUCAUCAGCCCUGAAGAUCACAAGCUAAACUCAGCUGUGAGGUUCGGGGUUCAAAGCCACCAACAAUGUAGCAGAAUACGAGGCACUACUUGCAGGCAUCAGAACCUUCGUGUUGAAAAUGCUCAUGUGGAUGCACUCUCCAAGCUCGCUAGAAGCAAGGAUUCAGAACUACUCAUAGUAGUGCCUAUAGAGCACCUCCUCCUGCCUUCAACAGAGGCCCCCAAUGUGAUGUGGGUCGUUGGAACUCCUACCUGGAUGCAGCCGAUCGUAGCAUACCUCAAAGACCAGAUACUUCCCACUGACAAGCUUGAGGCCUACAAGCUAAGGAGGAGGUCAACCCACUUCCUCUUUGUUGAUGAUGUUCUCUACAAGAGAAGCUUCUCCUCUCCACUCUUGCGAUGUGUCGGAGAGAAAAAGCUAAUUACAUAUUAA